AAACUCACUCUCUAAACUUCCACAGAAUCCUGGUUAAACAUUCAACUUCAGAUUUGCUCUCUCUGGUCCACUUUGUCGUCUGCUUCGCCAGUGGCGGCAGUAAACCACCGAAUGAUAAAAAGUUUAAAGAAUAUAACCACACUAUCCAAUACCGACCAUUUAAAUGUAGACGCGAUUCUUUAUCAACUCCAGCGUAAUGGACACUACAAAGACCAGAAUAUGCUGUGGACUCCAUCAAAAAAAUUCAUGAUUGAUUUAUUCAAAGAUUUAAGAAGAGAAGAAAGCCUUCAGAAUAGUUCUGGACAACUAAGAAAAUCGAAGAUUCGUCCAUCUGAUACAGUGCGAAGCUAUUCAGCCAAAGUUCCUCAAUUGAAGUACAAUAAACAUGGAUGUCCGAAACUAAUCUAUGUGUUUGAUAUACCAAAGUUACCAAUACAUGAACAAACCAAUACGGUUGAAUUUCGAGUUUUUUACCCGUCUUCUACGACAACGUCUGCUUUGCCUCGUUUAUCUUGCCGGCCAAACAAUCGAUACAGACAUUGGACUGUAGUGGUGAAACAAAAUGGGAUAAGACUACAUAAGAGCACUCAACGAUACAGACUAGUGAGAGAUAAUGUUUAUGAAGUAUUCAAUAUAACUAAAGCAGUAAAUUUUUGGAUAAACUCAAAGCACGGUAAUAUUAGUAUUGUGGUUAGGGAACGACUUCGAGGUGAAAAAGAUGAUUUACGUGAUAAUGAUGAUGAUAUAAGUAUGGCACAGCAGAAGCACAAUGUAAGGCCAGGAGAAGGUCUUUUGGUCCUUUAUUCAGGAAAUAGUCAUUUUUUCCAAGACAUCUACCAACGUUUUACUGCCGAAUCGCAACAAGUGAGUAGGCAACGGCAACGCAGACAUUCGUCGCAGUCGAAAUCAAAGCGCAGGCGACAAAAACGGAAAAGGAAGAAGAAAGUAAAACAAGAAGUACUAAAUAAAGAUCUUCCAUGUGGUUUAUAUGACUAUUACAUUGACUUCAAUGUUAUUGGAUGGGGAGAGUGGAUUGUCUUUCCCAAACGUUUCAAUGCUCAUCUGUGUUCUGGUAACUGUCCUUCUCCUAUAACAAUGGAUCUUAAUCCCACCAAUCACGCUAUGUUACGCAGUUUGAUGAAAUUAAAACAACCAGACGUGACUCCUUUGCCUUGCUGUGUACCAACAAAACUGAAACCCAUUAGCCUACUGUAUUUGGAACCAGAGGAAAUUGUACUUCGACAGCAUGCUGAUGUUGUUGCGGAAGAAUGUGGUUGUCGUUAAAGAAGAAAAAUAAUAAACAAUGAAGGUGGUGAUGGUAACGGUGAUUGUAAUGACUCUUAUUUUAU